AUGGCUACCCUCAAUCUUUCGACAAAUGGCCAUUCAAUAUCAAAGAGCUACCAGUCUGUCAUUAACGCCCCCCCACCUUCGGGCCCCGCGGCGAAUUCCGAGACCUACGGGCAGUGGGCUGUCUUUACUGUUUCUGCCCCUCUUGUCAGUGCUUUUCAGGACUCUUCUGGAAAGGAAAGCGUAUUGAAGGUCCAUACCACCGGAGAGGGUGAAUUGGUAGAUCUGAUCGACGAAUUCUCGGAAGGCAAAAUUCAAUUUGCCUAUGUAAAAGUGAAAGAUCCAAAUAGCAGCCUCCCAAAGAACGUCCUUAUUGGGUGGUGUGGUGAAGGCGUCCCCGAGCGGACAAAGGGUUAUUUCACUAGCCAUCUCGCUGCUGUGGCCAAAGUUCUCCAUGGUUACCAUGUACAAAUAACCGCCCGAUCGGACAGAGACCUUACGCCUGAAAGCAUUACUCAGAAAGUGGCCGAUUCCUCCGGCGCCAAGUAUUCUGCCGGUUCUGCUCCUCCCCCUACUACUUCGACGUCGAAACCCCCAGUGGCAUUGAAACCCGCUUUUACGCCCACCCGCACUGCUGGGUCAUUCCGGCCACUAACCGGCACUCAUCGUGGAGACACACCAAGGAAUGAAGUUGUGGACGAAGACGGGUGGGGUGCCGAUGCGCCUCCUGUGACAAGAAGCCAACUUGAGAAAGUACAAUCAGCCUAUCAGCCAACAAAAGUCGACAUGAAAGAGCUUAUGUCACAGCAAUCGUCAACGACAUCCUCCAAACAAGAGCAGUCAACUGACAGUACCCUUGGAAAUGUGGUCAAAGGUGAUUACCAGCCAAUUGGGAAGGUCAAUAUUGCAGAGAUUCGACGGCAGGCACGAGAAACUGGAGAACUGAAAGAUGAUCGUCCGGAGCCUAUCAAAGGGUCGUAUGAGCCUAUCGGUAAGGUUGAUAUCGCUGCCAUUCGUGCGAAAGCACAAGGAGGAGAACCAGUUCGGUCACCGUCAAACAGGAUAUCACCUGCUGAGACAGGAGAAUCCGCUGGUAAUGCCGAGCCAAGGUCCCUUGCCGAGCGUUCAUCCGCAUUCGUCUCUUCUGAACGUCUCACAGCACUUCCAAAACCCAAAGUAGCGAAGAAAUUUGGUGGAGCGUCGUCAUUCACUGGUACAAAAGCCCCUCUCCCGGGUGGAUUUGACCCAACAGGAGUCCCUGAGGCCCCUGUCGUGGGAAGCGCAAGCCGAACGUUCGCUGAUGUGGGUGGGAAAACUCCCGCUCAGCUCUGGGCCGAAAAGAAGGCGCAGCAGGGCGGUCUCAGCCCUACCCCCCAGCAAAGCGCUCCAUCACUUCAAAACCAAACCAGCGGAGAGGCUGGUUGGAAAAGUUCAUAUACUGGAAAGACGUGGGCUCCAGUCCAAACUACGCACACUGGCAGAUCAUCCACAGGUGCUGUUUCAGAACAGAACACUGGCGAGCGAGAACCUGAGAGGGAACUUCCCGACACAGGAAACGUUGGUUCAAUCCGUGAUCGCUUUGCAAACACGCAGCCGAUGGGAGCAGCUCCUCCCCCAGCUUCCACAUACCAGCGAGCGGCACCCUCUCCGCCACCUUUGGCGGCCGAGACAAAGCCAACCGCAAUCCGCACGGUUCCAAUUCCUGGCCUUUCCUCUAACGUCAAGGAAAGCCACGAGGAUAUUCACCAAGAUGUGCCGCCUCCUCCGCCGCAGCGGCGCUCUCCUUCCCCUGAGGCCCCUGCGGACAUUCCAGCCACUUCACCGAUUCGUGUAGCCAUGCCAGUUGGCCGCGGCCCAGCGGGUAGUCAUGUCACAGAUGCUCAUGAAGAACAAUUCUCCUCGCCUGCUCCACUUCCCGCCAAGUCCAUUGCAGAGCACGCUCCUAAAGAAGAGGCACUUGAGGUUGAGCCCCCGCACGACCCUGCUAGAGCUGUUUCCCAGGCUAUGCCUGUUCCUCAAGCUACUGCAACCGGUUCUGGUAUUCGUGCUCUCGUACAAUAUGACUAUGAGAAAGCAGAGGAUAACGAGCUCGAGCUUCGAGAAGGAGAAUAUGUUACUAAUAUUGAUAUGGUUGAUGAAGAUUGGUGGCUCGGAGUGAACGCCCGAGGAGAGCAAGGCCUCUUUCCAAGAAACUAUGUUGAAGUUGUCGAGGAGAGUAGUUCCACCCAUAAAACGGCUGCGGCUUCGGCUGCGACUGGAACUCAUGCCAUCCAGCAGCCUGGACCAGCUCAGCAGACUACCGGGGCACCAACUUCAGCCAAAAGUCGGGGUCCUACUGCAACAGCUUUGUAUGACUAUGAAGCAGCUGAGGAUAAUGAAAUUGGAUUUCCGGAGGGCGCAAAGAUUACCAAUAUUGAAUUUCCAGAUGAAGAUUGGUGGCAUGGUGAAUUUAAAGGUAAAAGUGGAUUGUUUCCAGCCAACUACGUCCAACUUGAUGAAUAA